AUGGCCGGAGAGCUGAGCAUGGCCUCGGAGCUGCCCACCAGCCCCCUGGCCAUGGAGUACGUCAACGACUUCGACCUGAUGAAGUUCGACGUGAAGAAGGAGCCCCUCGGCCGGACAGAGCGAGCAGGGCGCCACUGCACCCGCCUGCAGCCGGCCGGCUCGGUGUCUUCGACGCCCAUCAGCACGCCCUGCAGCUCGGUGCCCUCCUCACCCAGCUUCAGCCCCACGGAGCAGAAGACCCACCUGGAGGACCUGUACUGGAUGGCCAAUGGCUACCAGCCCAUGAACCCCGAGGCCCUGAAUCUGACCCCGGAGGACGCCGUCGAGGCCCUGAUCGGCUCGCACCAGGUGCCCCCGCAGCUGCAGGGCUUCGAGGGCUUCCGCGCCCACCACCAUCACCACCAACAGCAUCACCACCACAACCAUCACCACCACCACCAGUACCCGGUGGUGCCCCACGAGGACCUGGCCGGCGGCGGGCCCCCGCCCCCGCCCCACCACCAGGCCUCGCCCGCCCCGUCUACCUCGUCCUCGUCCUCCCACCCGCUGCAGAGCGGGCACCCUGCCCAUCCGGCCUCCUCCAACAGCGUGGAGGACCGGUUCUCGGAUGACCAGCUGGUGUCCAUGUCGGUCAGGGAGCUGAACCGGCAUCUGCGCGGCUUCACCAAGGACGAGGUGAUCCGCCUCAAGCAGAAGAGGAGGACUUUGAAGAACAGGGGCUAUGCCCAGUCCUGCCGGUACAAGCGAGUCCAGCAGAAGCACCACCUGGAGAACGAGAAAACCCAGCUGAUCCAACAGGUCGAACAGCUCAAGCAAGAGGUGUCCCGCUUGGCCCGCGAGAGAGACGCCUACAAGCUCAAGUGCGAGAAAUUCGCCAGCAACGGCUUCAGGGAGGCCGGCUCGACCAGCGACAACCCCUCUUCUCCCGAGUUCUUCAUGUGAGUCCUAACCCGACCCCCCCCCCUCCUCCUCCUCCUCCUCCUCCCCAGAUCCGUGUGUCUGUGUGUGUGUCCCCACCCCAGCCCCCCGCCCCAACCAGCUCACACUCGGCACACACCACGUCCCUUCCCAUCUUGGACAUCUCCAUCCAUCUGCCUGUUUGGGUAGAGGGGUGGGGGGACUCAGAGACAGAGUGGGAGAAUGAGAGAGACAGAGACAGAGUGGGAGAAUGAGAGAGUGGGAGAAUGAGAGAGAGAGAGAGAGUGGGAGAAUGACAGUGAAAGAAAAAAGCAGGAAAAAUCAUGGAUCAAGUGGAGCAAAAAGACAAACAGUAAGAGACAAUGCGUUGCCCCGUUGCAACUUCCCCAGUGGGACCCUUAGAGAUGGGGAAGGGGGGGAGGUGGGGAGCGGGGAGGGGAGACGGCAGACAUGCAACUUUUUCAGCUGUUAGUCUCAGCCCAUGAGACCCGAGGCGGAGAGGAAGAGGAGGACACGUAAAGCGUUUUUAUAGAUCGCUUGCCUUCUGAACUCCGUGGACUAAAACAAGGGACACUCAACAGGCCAUCUAUAACAAAACUGUCUGACCGAGAGUUAAAGGAAGGCGAUCCGGGCGGGAUCUCAUGAAAACUUUUCUGCUGCUCGGAGAGGAAAAUAAUGACAAAAAGAAAACAAACAAAAAAAAAUGAUGGGACGGGGAGGGAAGGGACAGUAUAUGUAAAAUGUUCAUAUAUUGCCUGCUAAAGAGACCUAGUUACAAAAGGACUC